AUGGGGCGACGAGGCGGAUCUCGAAAACAUCAAGUUAAUAAGUUUGCUCAGCGCAAAAGAGAUCGAAAAGAACAGGAGAAAAAUCCUCAAGAGAAGCCGGGUGCGGACACAAGAAAACAUUACGAAGAUAUUGUGAGAGAGAAUGCUGCAUUUGAAGAAUACUAUAAGUUCCAGAAAGUUUGCCCUGAAGCAGAAUGGGAUACCUUCAUGAAGUCUUUGAAAGACAACCUGCCAACGGCAUUCCGUAUCACUGGAUCUAAAUGCGAAGCAUCAGCCCUCAUGAAGAUUGUGCAGAGCCAGUACUUCUCCGAAAUAUUGAACAUAAAGUUAUCUGAAGGUGAAAAAGAGGAAGGGGAGGAAAUCAAGCCUAUCAAUUUGUCCUGGUAUCCAGGAGGGUUUGCAUGGCAGCUGCGGCUUUCUCGUACAGACAUCAGGCGGAAUGAAGCCUUGUAUCGUCUGCAUAACUUCUUAGUAGCGGAAACAGCAGCUGGUGGAGUGUCAAGACAGGAAACUGUAUCCAUGAUACCACCUGUUGUGUUGGAUGUACAGCCUCAUCAUAAGGUUUUGGACAUGUGUGCUGCCCCAGGUUCUAAAACAGCUCAACUUAUUGAGUUUCUACAUGCUGAAGAAGACAAAAUGCCUACAGGUUUCGUAAUGGCCAACGACGUGGACAAUAACAGGUGUUACAUGUUGGUGCAUCAAGCUAAAAGAUUGAACUCUCCUAGUAUACUGAUCACCAAUCACGACUCUGCUGUCAUGCCAACCCUGGAGAUCACAGAUGAACAGAAUCCAGGCAGGACAAAACCACUCAAGUUUGAUCGCAUCUUAUGUGAUGUACCGUGUUCAGGAGACGCGACGCUCAGGAAAAAUCCGGACAUUUGGCUCAAGUGGUCCACAGGCAACGGGAACAACUUACAUGGUAUCCAAUACCGCGUGCUAAAACGUGGCUGUGAGCUGUUAGAUAUCGGAGGACGUCUGGUCUACUCUACUUGUUCUUUCAACCCUGUGGAGAACGAAGCCGUGGUUCACAGAGUUCUACAGGAGACAGGAGACGCUGUGAAGUUAGUCGACGUGGAAUACAUGUUGCCUGGACUCAAAUUCCAUAAAGGUAUGACAUAUUGGCGUCCAGCAUCCAAAGACAUGGUGUUCUACGAGAAGUAUGAAGAUGUACCAGAGAAAUGGCAGACCGUAGUGAGACCACAGAUGUUUCCACCCAAGCCAGAAGACUUGCCGAAAUAUAAUUUAGAAAAAUGUAUUAGAAUUCUGCCUCACCACCAAGACACUGGAGGUUUCUUCGUCGCAGUCUUCGAAAAGACCGCCCUCCUUCCAUGGGAGAAGGAAGGUAACCACACAGAAUUAACUCAGAAAAAAGAAGAAUCAGAAAAAAAUAGUGCACCAGUAAAGGAGCCGCCCAAGAAGAGGAGAAGAAUGGGCGGUUACAGAGAAGACCCAUUUGUGUUCUUCUCAGGAGAUUCUGAGGACGUAUACCCAUCAAUAAGGGACUUUUACGAUCUCCAGCAGUCCUUCGACCCAACCUGUCUCCUAACGAGGUGUCAUAUUGGCAAGAAGAAGAAUAUAUAUCUCGUGUCGCCAGUUGUAAAAGAUAUCGUAUCGAGAAACGAAAACAAUAUUAAGAUAAUCAACACCGGUGUUAAAACUUUUGUGAGAUGUGAUAACAAGAAUAUGGUGUGUCCUUUUAGACUAUCCCAAGAAGGCCUACAAAGUAUUACACAAUUCAUCGGUCCGAAACGACGAAUUCGUAUACUAAAAGAAGAUCUGAUCUUAGUCCUACAAAACGAUAAUCCUAGCAAACCGCCGAACGUCACACAGUUUUCUGAACACACGCAACAAUUGGUCAAGGACUUUGCGACGGGCAGCUGCGUAUUAGAAUACAAAGAAGAAGGCCAGGACCCAAAUCUGGAACUCACGCUGGUAGGAUGGCGUGGCGUUCACUCUCUUCGCGCCUACACCGCGACUCCAGACACUGUUCACUACCUACGUCUGUUAGGCGCUGACUAUAGCAAAUAUGAUGUUAACAAAUUUAAGAAGGCAUCUGAGGUUCCUGAAGGUGAUGCUGAGGUCAAUGACGUCACUAUGAAGGCGACAGAUGACGUAACAAAACAAAAUGGCGAUAACGUCACCCCAGUAGUAGAAAUUGAAGCCGAAAAUGGGGCAACGCAGGACCUUCCUAUGACUCAAAAAACUACUGCAUAG